AUGGCUGAUUUAUUAGAACGAAUGGUCAACCAACAGGGUCAAGGCCAAGUACUGCAUCCUGGAAAUCAUGAGGGAGAGGGCUAUGCCUUAGAACGGUUCCAGAAGUUUCUACCGCCAAAAUUUUUGGGUGGACCUAGCCCUGAUAUAGCGGAGAGUUGGUUGGACCGAAUGUUAGACAUUUUUCCUGCGUUAGGAUACCCGGAGGAACGGCAGAUAGCUUUCACCAUUUUUCAAUUUGAGGAAGCGGCUCGUGCCUGGUGGAAUAUAAUUCGAGCCAAGUGGGAUAGAGAGCAGACCCCAUGGACAUGGGGUUUGAAUGUGGAGAUUCAAGAGGCACUGGCAGCUACUCAAUUGGAGACCUAUAGUCAAGCUAUUGAAAAGGCACAAAGGAUUGAAAGUACUAAGAAUCAAGAAAAGGCUUUUCAUGAUAAGAAAAGGAGACAACCGGAUCCAAGCAGUUAUAUAGAGGGACAGAGCUCGAGGAGCGAGCCACCAUUUAAGAUGGGCCGAGGAAUAGGUGGUCCACGAUCCACAGGGAUCCCAAGUCAAGCAAACUUUGAGAAGGGUCAGGCAGGGAGAGAGACCCAAAGGGGUACCUCACGAGGAGGUACGACAUCCGGACCUAGAAUGGCAUUUGGAUUUUGUGGGGCUGCUAACCACAUGGAAGAUAAUUAUUGGAAGAAAGGAAAAGUUCGGAAAUGCUAUCGAUGUGGUAGUACUGAGCACCUGAUUGCUCAGUGCCCUCACCUGCCAAAAGAAGGAAAUUUGCCAAGGGCAGAAGGGAACACGUUUAAGCCGACCAAUGCCACGGGUAAUCGACCGAAAGUGCCGGCAAGGACCUAUGCAAUGUGA